AUGAACCUAUCAAAUAAUAAUAAUUUCAUAACAGCUGCACAAAUAUAUAAAGAGAAUAAUGACUCUUUCAAUGCUUCUUUUACUUUUAAUACCUCUGUUGAUAGUAUUGAUAGUAGUGACAGCACCAGUGAUAGUGAUGAUAUUAGUAGUAUUCUUGAGAAUGAACCUGAAACUAGCGAUGAGGAAGAUCUAAGUCUUCCUGGUGAUAUUUCGCAAGUUAAAGGUCAUACCGAGUUGAAGAAUAUUCUUAUUCAAUUUUUUGUUGCCUUAAAAAGAAAGGAUGGACAACCAUAUGCACCCACGUCAAUUCAUAAUUGUUUCUGUGGAAUUGCCCAACACCUUUUAAAUAACUCCUGUCAAGAUCCCAAGCCAAACAUAUUCGAUAAAAAUCAAUUUUUCUGUUUAUACUCAACAAUUGAUGGGAAAAUUAAGUUAGUUCAAGACACGAAUCCACAACAAGCCAAUAAAAGUGAUUCACUUACGAAUAAUAAAAUUGCUCAAAUAUUGAAUCAAGAAGAACUUUUGCAAGAUACACCUACUGCUAUCAUGUAUAGAGUUUACUUUUGGCUUUGUCUCUUGUGUGGAUUACAUGGUGUCUGGUUUUAUGAUUCUUCACUUGGACGUCAUGCUUAUAAAAAAAUGAUUAAAAAAAUAUGUGAAACAAUGGAACUAUUAGCAAAUUCUUCACGACGGCUACUUGCACCUAUUUCUAAUUCAGACAAUCAAGUACUUCAUCGAAUUCGUUCCAGAAUUACAAAACUGAGACCUUUUAAACCUUUGAUGCGUCAAAGCUAUUU